UUACAUGUAUAGAACGAUCUAUUUCAAGUGGCAUGGAGUACUAUGAUUAAAUGUAUUAGACCAAGUGAGCCGGUUAUUUUUUAUUUCUACUCAUUUUGAUUCUACAUAGACAGACGACUGUCGCUGAUCACACCAGUUUGUACUCAGUAUGCUUACCUGGGGCUUUGAGUGGGUUUGAUGUCCACAACAAAUAGAUUGGAAUGCACCUGUAAAUUAACCAAAAUACCUCUCGCACAAUGACGACAAAGAAUCCGUCACCCGUGUCGCGACAGUCGACAGCGAUGUCGAAACAGUCGUUCGACACCCGGAAGUCGAUUGUGUCAGUUAGUGGUAUCAAUAUGGAGACCGGAUCUAUUGCGACACUUCCGGCGUCCGUCGAGAGUCCUGAGCCACUGAUAGAGGAAUACAACCCUGUGUUAAAUGGAGUUAAGAAAAAGCUUUUGACUGCUGCGAGGAAGUGUGACACCAACACGUUUGUUUCCCUGCUGCAGGAAUGGCAAAAUCUGAGUCUGAACUUUGCUGACGAUUCUGGAAAAACACUUCUACAUCUUUGCACGAAUGUUGGUAACAAAAAUGAUGUGAUUUUGUUACUUAAAAGAAAUUGUCCAGUCAACCGAAUAGAUAACAUGGGACAUUCUGCCCUCCACUACGCUGCAAAGAAGGAUUACGCAGACAUAGCCGAGCUCCUGGUUGUUAAUGGUGCACACUUUGAUUUACCGGAGGAGAAAACUGGUCAGACGGCGUUACAUUUUGCUGUUGCCAAAAACUACCUUGCUACUGUUGAACUUCUUGUGUUUAGUGGAGCAAGUAUCCAAAUCAAGGACAAAAACAAUAAAACCCCGAUAGCACUAUGUCGGUCCAAAGAAAUGCAUGCAUUGUUAUCUACAGCAGUACAGUCAUCUGGCGGUUACAGACCAGGGGAGAUGACGAUGCAGACAGUAGAAGUACAGGGAGGAGGAAUAACAGAAUGUUGGAAGCUGGGCCUCACUAUCGACUAUAGCACGGGACCAGCAGACGACAAGUUCUCACUGAUGUGUCGACGUCAGACCACAGACGAAAGUGAUUUAGGCUUUGAAUUUGCGAACAACGAAGAUAUAUGCAGUGAUGCGUUCCAGUACAGACUAGGACGAACAGGGAAACCCACUCCAGUUAGACUGACAAUACCUAUAUACUCAAGCCCCCAAGCCAAGGAGGAAAUAGUACUCAGGACAGAUAAAGGGCAUGUGUUCUCUAUUGCGUCACUCAACAAAGUCGAAACUGAUACUCCCUAUUGUGUGGUGGUAGUAGACCUGUCACAGUUCAGAUCGUUUGUCCUGAUGUGUAGACCAAAGACCGACCUAUUUAAGGUACCAAUUGAAGGAGGAACCUUCAUCUCAAAAGUCAACCCGAAAAUAGAGGUUACUGUACAACCGAACACCUACACUAAGGAUGUGAAAUUAGUUCUGCAGACUAUAUCAAUACCCGCUUCCAGUGUGCUGGGAACGGAGGGCGUAAGUGACAUUGUAUCAAUGACGCCAUUCAGUUGCCUACAAGAAGAGGGUCGUGAAAUUCCGAAGGUUCCAAUUCAGCUUCGUCUUCCUCCAUCGGACAGUGGAAAAGACCUCAAACUAUUCUCCGCUGACGUCACUGACAUUGCUUCCAUCACUGACAGUGGCUGGAGUGUCCGAGAUGACCCAAUACAUACUACACCAGACAGUAUAGGGCUAGAUAUCAGCGACAGUGCCAUGAAAGUAGUUGUGGAGGCUAAAUCGGGAACAGAAAUGAUGAAAAUAAAACCUCAAAUCGGUCUCGUGUUUCAAAAAACUACACGUAGUGAAUAUUCUAUUGUGUUCAUAGUUUUAACAAAGCAUGAUCCGAAAAACAACACUUUCAAAACAGUGGUUGAGUGCAAUACCGAACAAUCUAGUGAACAAGCAAAGAAAAAGUGGAUGAAUGAUGGAUUUAUUGACCAAAGACCAGGUGAAGUACUAUGUUUUAAAGGUCCUACAAGACAAAGAUACAAAGUUAUUGCGUCAAAAAAUCUCAGACCUCAAGGAGUCGAGGAUGGUUUUAUGAUUUUUCAGUUUCAUCCGAAACGUAGCAAUUUCGCAGUGUUUACAGCAAGCGUAAAGAACAAUAUACAAAAGGAGACAGGAAAUGUUCGAAUAUUCGACUACAACAUUGUGAAGAAGACACCAGCACAGUUGGAAGCUGAGGGUCCAGGAAAACCUUUGGAAAAUCUUCUCACGAAUGUUCACAUUGCUUUUGCUAAAUCGGAAAAGGAUACAGCACCAUCGGCAGUACCAUUGAUACAAGUACAGGAACCUACAGACAUUGAGAAAAAGAACGCUAAAUCUCCAGUCGUGUUGAAAUCAACACAACCCCCAAGGACACAACCACCGGCCAAAACACCAGUGGCAGCAUCGAUACCAGUCAAAUACCAGGGCGCAAAAGGAAGUGAAAAGAUUUUCACCAACGACGAGUUUCUGUAUACGGUUGUUAAGGAACUAGACGACGAGUGGUACAAGAUAGUAGUAAUGAUGGGCUGGAAUUUCCCGGAUGUAGAGAAGGAGCUGCUCGAACCUAAUGGUACCCAACAAGACAAAAUCAUGCAUUUCCUCAAGCAAUGGCAGGAAAAUAGCCGGACACAUGAUGACCUCGGACUUCCCAACCUACUGACCGCCCUAGCCAAAGGAGGUCGUCGGGAUCUUUGUACAGUCGUGUCUUUGUUAAUGAAAGAAUGGUUCGACCAGCAGAGUAAUCAGAAAUCCAACUUUUGGAAAUGGGUUCAAAAGGCGUUCAAAGACUCCGACCUUAUCAAUCCUGGAGACUACCCAAAGCCAAUGUCAGACCAGUUCUUGCUACUUCUUGCCCAAGCAUUAAAACCAAACCUGGACAUUGCUAAACAUCUCGAUAUCCAGAAAGCAGACAUAGAGCGCCUCAAGAAAGGAAACGGCUCAGAUGAAUUCAAAAUGUUGAAGAUUUUACUGGAAGGUCGGGACGGAGCUCAGAGUCACAUUGUAGCUUUGAGGAAAUUACUCGAUGCCAUGAUAACACUUGAAAUGAAUAUGGGGGUCAGGUGGACUAUGGUAGCAUCCCGACAAUGGUUUGAUAUGAAAACAGAGAUGAACACACAAUUCAAAGCUGAACUACAGGACAUUUUGGAGUCGUAUGGAUCCAAGUCCUCUAAUACCAUGUAUUAAGGGAAUUAUGACUGAAGAUAUCACCAGUUUUGUAUGAUUUGAUGGAACGAAAGUGACUCAGUGAUCUAAAGGAAAUUGCAUGAAAUUACAGUUUGUUUUAAUUUCAAGCAGUUGGUUUAAACAUAUGUGUAUUGCCUUGAAAAUGACAAAAAGGGAUUAAGCCCUCUCCAAACUUAACUACAUUUCCAUACAUCAUCAGUGAUCAUGAUCUUAACAUGUACAUUUUUUCUAUAUCUUAUUGAAUUGGCAAAAUAUAAUAUUGACAGUUGUUUCUCUGUGCCCUAGCAUGCACAAGAUAAUUAACCACGGUUUUCGCACAGACAAAAUAAAAUUUCCAAUCUUCAAACGUGAUGUAAUUAUCUUAAUUAAGACUACUAGAAACUGUCUGUAUCCUUAAUGUUCAUUAAGUUUUACUACUUUCUUUCAAAAGUGAGAUCUCGAUUUCUUCAGAGAAGAGUGUUUAUGCCAGUAAGGAGAAUUUCUGGUGAAUUUAAGUUCUCAAGAUUUUUUCCAACGUUAUUUCUUACCAUUGAAUAAAACAAAGUACAAAUCUCUUUCCUUUUUUAACAGAAUCAUCUUGCUAAGCGAUUCGUCAAAUUCUAUUACAAAAUUAGCUAUUAUCAAGACACUAACAGUGAUGGUAAACUAUCGAUCUUUUUUCUGGAUAUUCAAGGAAAGUGAACGAAAUCACGGUUUGGUUUAUUUAUAAUCAGUUAAAACGUAUCCGCAAUAUUGAGCCAUGGCAUUUCACUGUCAAUAACCCAUCCUGAAGAGGCCAUGGUUAAUUUGUCCACAAUCUAGCUGGAACAAUCCUGUUUGUAGGCAAGUCGCCCAAAGCAGUGUCCGUUUUACGCGAGAUAAAAACGGCAGUGUAACAUUUUACGACAGUCAAGUUACAGAGUAAGAAUGAGAAUGUUUUCGUUUAUGAGAAACAGUGUGGAGUAUUAUAAUCAAGUCUAUAUAUGUUAACAUGUCAGUGAGUUUUAUGUUUGUACCACGUUCCCGUGAUCAGUAAUAUUUCGGGGUUUAGUAUUAUUAUCUAUCCGGCCGCGUGAUAGUAAAAGCAGGUGAUCUAAAAUCAAAUACAUUGUAGAUUACUCAGCGCCUUCUUGUCCGUAGUUUGAUUGCUAGCCGCGAUCAAACUUUGUAUAAUGCGUGGAUGCUAUAGUCACAAUUGUAAUCACUCUGUUGUGGAUGCCAUAGUCACAAUUGUAAUCACUCUGUUGGAUUUCACUUUUAGAAAUAUAAAACCAUAAAAAUACAUUUUGUUUUAUCAUUUACAGUGUAUCACUCUUAUUUUACUUGUUUUAAGUUGUUCGAAAGAAUCCGAAUUAUGAUUAAAUGAAAAUAUUGUUUGAACA